UCCUAUCCUGUCAUGUCUUUGUUUGUCUACAAGAAAACUCAGGUUUUCGUGGCGGAGCAUCGUAGGGAUUCAGAGGUCAUAGUGAAAUAGUAAAAUUUUCCCAGCGGUUGAAUUUUCCAGGCAGAUAAACUUCAAUUUCUACUUUGUUUUUUUCCCCCUUUCUUCAAGUUCCUUCUUUUUGUAUUCAGUUUUACUUACUUUUGCUAAAAACAAAACCAACCUUCAAAUCCCUCCCUUUUGAUUGUUUUGAAGUAAGAAUAUUCUGAUCCCUAAGUGUAGUUUGAUUUUAAAAGAUCCCAAGUGAGCAAGCAAGAGCUAAAAGACUGUUUGGAUUUUGAAAUGCUGGACUGAGUUGAAAGAACAGCUCAUUGAUUCUCAUAGGUUGAGUUGUCUUUCACCAUCCUUGUGUUUAUAUUCUUCAAUUUGAGCUUGUCAAUCAUGGGUUGCGGAUUUUGCGAGGCUGCUCUUUCUAACACAGUUGGAACACUGGUUGUGAACUGUGUGGUGAAGCCGGUAGGACGUCAACUUGAUUAUGUCUGUCGCUUUCAUGACAAUGUUGAAAAGCUUCGAGAGAAAAAGCGUGAACUUGCAGAUGCACGAAAGCGUCUACUACUUAAGAUUGAGGAAGCUAAAAACCGGCUUCUACUAAUUGAAGAUGAUGUACAGAACUUGCAAUCAAGGGCAGACGAAACACUGUCUGAUAUGGGAACUCUGGAUGAGGAAAUCCAACUGAAUAAGAGGUGUCUCAAUUGGUGCCCUAAUUGGAGUUGGAGAUAUCAAUUAAGCAAGAAAGCAAUGAAGAAAAUCCAGGAUAUCUCUGAGCUUUUGGACAAAUUUGGUCAACUUGGACCCGUCGGUUACCCUGCACCUACUGCCCUUCCCACCAUAGAUUUCCUAUGUUCUAAGGAAUUUGUGUUUUCGAAAUCUUCAGAGACUGCAUUUUAUCAAAUCAUUGAAGCCUUAAAAGAUGAGAAUAUCAACAUGAUUGGGUUGUGGGGAUGGGAGGGUGGGCAAGACCACCCUGGCUCGUGA